AUAUCAGUAGCUAUUCAAACUUCACUCGAACAAGUCAAAUUUAAUUUUUUUGUCGAUAUUUAAAAUUGAAUAAGCAAACAUGAAAGUUAACAUGCAAAUAGUUUUAUUUUUAAUGACAAUAACAAUUGCAUUUGCGGCAGUAAUUAACGUUGCGGAUGAAAAAUCGAGCGAUACUUGCAAAAAAGUUGGAGAAAAAUGUUUUAGUAAUGACGAUUGCUGUUCAAAAACGUGCCCUUACUACUGGGGAAAAUGCGUUUCUGGGUCUUUAACUGCUGUAAAUGAUGCUAAAGAUACAGAAGUUAAAUGUUCAAAAACUUACGAACAAUGUCAAAUAAGCUCAGACUGUUGCAAAGGCAAUAUUUGUUCAUCAUACAUGGCAAAAUGCAUUCCUAUGAUGGGUUUGAAUCCCCCAACCCCCAACUCAAAUGACGACUUGAUAUCUGGCACUGUCGAAAAGGAAGUUAUUCGAGUCAUUCCAGUGAACAAAAACUAAAUGAAUUUCCGAAAACUCAAUUUUUAAAAAUAAGUUGAGUGUGAAUAAAUAUUAAAUUAUUGAAACAA